GCUUGAUCUUGUUCGUCAUCCUCGUCCUCGUCGUCAUCCCCGUCCUCUGGCAGCCGUGGCUUGGGCGGGCACUUGGGUUUUGGUGGCAGGUCUUUCUUCUUGAAUCCCGUCUGCUUCAAAUCCGUGCAUUUCUGCUCCCAUGCUGCCACCUUGGCUGCAUGAUCCUUCUUGAUCCCGGCCCACUCCUCCUCGAGCGCAGCUUUUGCAGUCCUCUUAUCCUUCCGCAUUGCCUUCCGCUUCUCCCUCUCUGCGUUCUUGUUCUCCUUCUCUGUGUUCAAUGCUUGAACUUCGUUGAAAAAGUCAUCAGACGAGAGGCAUUGUGCUUGGCCUUUGAAAAGCCGUGCCCGUUCAUUUGUUGCACGCUCCUCCCGCAAGUUGGCAUGCGCGCUCUGGAGCAUCUGCUCAUGAAUUCGUUCCCGCAUCUCAGCCCGUUUGAGCUGCUAUCUCCCAAACUUGGACCAGCCAACGACCAAUCGGGUGCCAGUAGCGAUCUAGGCAUGGACUCAAUGACCGGCUCGGAGAUGGGAUUAGUGCGGGAAGUGAUCUUGGGCGUGCUCAGCAGUAGUGAACCAGACGAUGAGGCUCCCAAGUGCGCAUACAAGGACCGCAUCUUCUUUGAUGGAGUCCACAGGGUUGGGCUGCCAUUUUUGUUGUGAUUGUCAUCGUCUCCCAGACAACGCGCAGGGGUACACGGGGAUGGAGGAUCGAGCAAGCCUGCGCUUUGCUCCAGGCGUGUUGGUGGGUGCAAAGCCAUGGCCUGGGUGAUACGGCGGACGGGGCUAGGCUGGGGCAUUGGGAACUCGCCACGCGUAGACGAUGCCUGACUGGGUGCCAUGUCUUCAGCAGUGACGAAGUCGGGGUUGAAUGGCUGGAGCCCAAACCGUCAUGAAGUCUGCCUUUGCCACAUCGCACUUGUUCCUUGCUUCAAAAUCCACAAUCCCGCGUUUCCAGCACUCCUUCAUCUUUGAGAAACAUACGACAUCAAGGCCUUGGAGUCGAUGGGUGCAGUGGGGUGGAUACCCAAGGAGGACAAUCUUGUGUUCACGGGCAAAGGCAAGGAACUUCUCACUGUAGUGUGAGCUGUGACCGUCGAGCAGGAGCACUCGUGUUCUCCCAUUUGCCCCAGUUGAGGGCUCAAAAACCUUCGAAAGCCAUUCAUAUCCAAGGUCGUGGUCAGUCCAGCCACUGAGAGAACGAGAGAUACUGUUCCGAAGUGUUACCCUUGUUCCAUGAAGACUGGAAAUUGGCACCUGGGAAGAUCACCAUCGGCGGCACGACCAUCUUUCCAUCCCCACGAAUUGUCACCAGUGUGGUGAUGUUCUGCCGACUUGCACCACCCUGCUUGUGCUGAGUUUUUGUCCCCCUCGUGCCCACCACUCUUUCCUUGCCUGUGUAUCCUGUCGGGAAGCCGCUCUCAUCCAUCCCAUAGAUGCAAUCUGGCUCCACUCUCAUGUCGACAAUGUGCUUCUUCACCAAAUCCACCCAUGACUUCACCGCCGUCGGAUUCAGGCUCUUGGCGCGUUGGGAAUCAAGAGAUUUGCUCCAAUGUGUCUGCAGGUUGUCGUGGUGGCGGUCCAGGAAUGCAAAGACCCACUGCUUUCCCACCAAGUCACAGUCUGUUCCGUGUAUAGCCUGUCGGACACCGUUUACAUAUUCUUCAAUCUGCCGAUGAGAUAGUGGAAGACCCAUGUCUGCUGAUUCGCAUAUGAAUUGCACAAGGGACCACUCUUGAGCCGCCGUUAGUCUCUGUUUCUUCUCGCUUGCUUCACUGCGACUCUUUCCUCCUUUUGUACGACGGUGUAGGGUACCAUAGGAUACCCCAUGUUCUCGGGCGAUAGUUUCAAUAGAUUUGGGUCUCCCAAGGCGGCUUGGUUUCUCCUGUUCCUGCUGCCAUUUGGCCAG